AUGACUCUGUCAAAUAGUCGUCAGCAAUUCCUCCCGUAUGAAUCUCAAACACCAGAAGACCUAGGUUACGGAAGAAAGGGAGGGGUAUUCGUUUCCUACUGCAUUUGUACAAGCUUUAUAAUUUUCGCAAUCAUCAUAGCAGUUAUAGUUGGCGUAAUGGUACACUUUAUCACUUACUUCAAGCUAUCACAAAAAACUGUAGACUUUUGGGAUGAAACUGAACCGUUUGGACAGACAGGAGGCCCAUCGCCAGACCUUCGACUGCCUUCACAUAUUGUGCCAAGUUAUUAUAGAUUAAAGCUAAAAACAGAUCUAGAAAAUGCAACGUUUUCUGGUGAUGUAUUUAUUACUAUACGGGCCAGUAGACAAGCCCGAGAAAUAAUAUUGCAUGCAAAAAAUCUCAGUAUUAAUAGCAACGCUAAGCUCACAGAACAAAUAUAUGAAAAAGUUGAGACUUUACGCACAAAGGUGAAACGAGACAUUGCUGAUGCUAACGUCACAAUAUCAGAAAAUGUUACAACUGAAGCACCAACAACAACUCUGUCUAAUGAGACAAAUAGUACCAUCACAGAAGUUCCCAAUAUAGACAACACAACGGACACUAAUGUGACACAAGUCCCCACAACUACAACAUCACAACCACCACCAAAACCUAUAGAUACCGAAAUAACACAUAGUGCUGUGCGUACCAUCAAAAUACUCUCUAUAAUAGAAGGAACCGGUGACCGGAUAAUAAUCAUGUUGGAGUCUCCUAUGAAGAGUAAUGUUGACUACAUUCUGCAGCUGUCUUUUGAGGGUGUAAUCUCUAACUCCUUGACUGGUUUCUAUAAGAGCACUUAUAAAAAUACUCAAGGAGAAGUCAAGAACCUAGGGGUCACUCAGUUCGAGCCGACGUCGGCGCGGUCAGCGUUUCCUUGUUUUGACGAACCGGCGUUCAAGGCCAAGUUCGAGAUUAGUAUUGCUCACCUCCAGAACCUCACCGCACUUUCUAACAUGAAGGUUGUGGCGCAGGAGCCCAUCCCCGAAUCAGCAGGCUGGCAAUGGACCCACUUCGAUCGCUCCGUCAGCAUGUCUACUUACCUUGUCGCUUACGUAAUAUCAGACUUCAAAUUCUUGGAAACUAGCUACACGAGCAAAGCCAACGUCACGAUACCAGUUAAGGUGUGGACCAGACCAGAGCUCAUCUCCAAGGCCAAUUAUGCUUUGAACAUCACUCCGAAGCUGCUGACUUACUACGAAGAAGUUUUUGGACUACCCUAUGAAUUGGAUAAAAUGGAUCUUAUUGCUAUUCCUGAUUUCUCUAGUGGUGCUAUGGAAAAUUGGGGUCUGGUUACUUUUCGAGAGACGACGCUGCUGUUCGACGAGGCGGAGAGCGUCCCGCGCGACAAACAGAACGUGGCCAUCGACGUGGCGCACGAGCUCGCGCACCAGUGGUUCGGCAACCUCGUCACCAUGCGCUGGUGGACCGACCUCUGGCUCAACGAGGGCUUCGCCACCUACAUCGAGUACGUCGGCGUCGAUCGUAUCGCUCCAGAAUGGGACAUGUUCGAAUCUUUCUCCCGUGACAAAAUGGACUUGCUGCGUUCAGAUGCUUUAAAGAACACAUCUCCAGUUUCGCGGCAGGUGCUCGACGCCUCGGAGAUAUCACAGAAGUUCGACGAAAUAUCUUACACCAAAGGCGCCAAUUUGAUCAGGAUGUUGAACCAUACCAUCAGUGAGGAGAUGUUCCACAAGGGACUGGUCAUUUAUUUGAAUGAUUGGAAGUACUUAAAUGCCGAAGAGACAGACUUAUGGGAGUCCAUGUCAAAAGCGACAAAAUCAGAUCCGGCUCUCAAAGACCUGUCGGUGGUGGACUUUAUGAAGACCUGGACGAAGCAGGCCGGCUACCCUGUUGUUAACGUCAACAGGAAUUAUGAAAAUGGAAAUAUUGAAUUUGAACAGCGCCUGUUUACGACGGCUACGGAGCCGUACCAGAAGAUGGUGGACCAGCUGUGGCACAUCCCGCUGAGCUACGCCGUGGUGGACGCGCCGGGGCCCUGGAGCAGCGCGCCCCAGGCCUGGCUGCGCUCGCGCCUCGCCGUCAUCAACGUCAACAUCACCGCCACACAAGCCUUCUACGUCAACGUUGGCGCUAUCGGCUACUAUCGCGUGAACUACGACCAAACGAACUGGCGGCUCCUGAGCGAAGCACUCCAGUCCGGCCAUAUUAAGUCUCCCAUCACCAAGUCGCAGCUCAUCGACGACGCCUUCAACCUCGCCAAGGUGGGGCAGCUCAACUACAGCUACGCCCUGGGCCUCACCACCUGCGUCAGGAAUGGGGAGAACUCUAAGAUGGUGUGGGACCAGCUGCUCAACAACAUGGCCUUCCUCAAGCACAACUUGAAGCCUACUUCCGGAUAUUUAUAUUUCCAGGACUACAUGAAAAUAAUCUUAGCUAAACAACUAGAGAUCGUGAACUACGGUCUGGACAAGCCCAAAGACGACAACGACGCCUUCCUCAUCGAGAACUUGGUGAUGUGGGAGUGUUACGUGGAGUCGCCCAGGUGUCUCAAGUGGGCCAGGGAACAGUUCGACAACUGGACACAGCAAGCCGAUGUUAAUAAUAACCCAAUCCCGAGUUAUCUCCGUCCUCUAGUAUACAACAUGGCAUUAAGACACGGCGGUCGUGCUGAGUUUGAUUUCCUAUGGAAGGUGUUCAUGAAUUCCACGGACCCCACCGUCAAGAGCCUGAUCAUCAAUAACCUGCCCAGUGUUAGAGAUGAAUCUCUUAUACAAAUGUUGCUGGAGAAGAGCAUCUCUGAGAUCCCGAAGCAGUACGCGGUGGCGGCCUGGAGCGUCGAGGGGCCGCUCGGCACGCGCGUGGCGCAGGACUUCCUCCUCAAGCACUUCGACCUGCUCCACGCCACCUUCAGCGACAUGGACGCCUUCAUGUUCCCCGCCGUCGUCAGCGGCGCCUUCGGCCUCAUCACCACCGACGACGAGCUCGCCAAGUUAAAAUCCUUCGCUCUUAAACACAAACAAAAAUUACUACCAAUGUCCCAAGUACUACAGAAGCUGGUGGACACGGCGACCUUCAGAAUCGCCUGGAUCAAGAAACACGCGCCCGGCAUCACCAGGUGGUUCCAGGACUUUGUCAACGAAAAUUCGAACACAACAGUGUCCCCGCCACGUGCUACCGUGACGUCAUCGCCUUCUAACUACCAAUGUAUAAUGUUUUUUGCUGCCAUUCUGAUGUAUUGGAUACUAAUAAAGCCUGAGUCAUCAUAA